UCUUGUAAUGUGUGCGAAUAAUUUAUUUGUUACUUUUUAUAUAAUCAUUCAUGACACCAGCUAAAUUUAAUAUUAAAGAAUGAAGCCGAUUAUCUAUACUGUCUUGAUAUUGCUGAUUAUUCCACGACUCUCUCUUCUCCUUUUCCCAAUCUGCUAUAUAGCACAGUUGUUUAUGGAUAUGUUGAAUAAGUCUGGUAAUACGUGGAGAUAUAAAAUAAACCAUGUCAUCUACUACUCCGACCAUAAACGAUAGGCAAAAUAGUGUACUUAUUGUUAAAAAAGUCAUCGUGGUUAUUGUCAUAACGGAUACUACACUGCCCACAUUAAAGCUAUAUGCUAUUGUUUUACUAUUACUACUUGACAUCGAGGGGCGAAUGAAGAAAAAGAAAAGAAAA